CUCGUCUGAUUCACACAGUGCUCCAGUACUAUGAACACCACCCGACCAGUAGCGGGUUCUCAUGGCUCCGUCUAUGAAGAACCCGACCAGACAAGUCUGACGACACGUCUGGUAAUUUUACCCUUCAUCUUUGUCGUUGGGUUUUUCGGAAACACACUUUCUGCCUCACUUUUCUUGGGAAAGACUCUGCGGACGAAGUCUUGCAGUAUCUACCUCGCCACCAAGACAAUCUCAGACAACGGCUUUCUCCUCUCACUGUUCGUGGCAUGGCUGGAUUUCGUGGACGUCCGUAUCUUCCAUACACAAGUCGUGUGCCAUGUGGCGAUAUUCAUAUCGUAUGUCUGCGGGUUUGUAUCGGUCUGGUCUGUCGUUAUGGUGACCGUUGAUAACUAUAUCAGAAUAUGCCGUCCAUCAGAGGUGUCGUCACUCUGCACCCCAUACAUUGCCUGGAGACUGACAGUCUUUGGGGUGGUGUUCGCUUGUAUGCUGUACAACUUCCCUCUCUGGACAUUGGACGUCAGCACAUCCAAUCCACAUCAGCAGACGUUCUGUCAGACACUGCCAAAAUUUGAGAGAUUCGAAGUCGUGAUGACGUAUUUAGACACAGUCUUGACCCUCGUUUUGCCACUCUUCAUCAUCAUCACCCUCGUCUGCGUCAUCGCUGUAAAAUUGGUAGACGUGUCCAAACGAAAGGAUCGUCUUCGAAAAAGUUCCUCAUACGCCAGUGUAAAUUCAACAGUCAACGGCUCACAAAACGGACUGGCCUUGCCAUAUUCACAAGUUACCAAGAUGUUACUGUCCGUGUCGUUAAUCUUCGUCUGCCUCCAUACCCCGAGUCACGCCAUCAGAAUGAAAGUAACGCUCGAGAACCUCCUGGGACAGACGAUCGUGUCGUCAGAAACAGACCGAAUGCUCAAUCAUUUCUUUUUAGUCUUGUAUUACUUGAACUUCGCUGUUUACUUCUUUAUUUUUGUGAGUUGUGGACGCAAUUUUAGAAAUGUUCUCAAAAAGAAAGUAAAACAAAUCUGUGACAGGCAUAAUAACGUUACUAGCACUUCAAACGUUGUCAGAAAUAGAAUGUGGAGCGAAGAUCGGGACUUGGAAACUACCAAAGAUACACUAGAUGUUGACUAGUUGGUUUGGAAAACUUUAUAAUAAACUUGUACAUAUCUUUUUUAAUUUCUUUUUGGAAUAAAAAAAAUCAAUUUAGAA